AUGUCGAACAACAACAUUGCCGAAUUUCCCGAUGUUCAGGCCAAACUCCAGCAGCCAAAGGAAAAGUCAGCAUUCGAGAGACAAAAAGCAGAGAUCGAGGCGAAGCGCCUGCGCGAAGAGGCCGAGACGGCAGCUGCCCUUGCCGAAUUCCAAAAGGAAUUUGGAGGCGACGACGAAGAGGAUAAGCUUCCUCGAGGCUCUCACCAGACAUCGAGAUUUGGGAAUGGCCCGCCCACUCGACCAGCUUUCAACAGCCCGUCACCUUUUGGAGGUGGUGCAGGCAAGCGACAUUUCGGCCUUCCUUCGGGGCCCUCGUUGAAGAGCGGUCCUGGGAGUUUGGGACCUCCUCCGCCAUCAUACGGCAAGAAGCGAACGUUUGAUGGGUUUCAGCAGGACCGAGAUCGAGAGAGGGGACGGAACUGGGAUAGGUCGGGCUUCGAAGAUCGAGAGGCGGGAUCCUUGACCGUGUCCAAAGCUUUCGAGGCCAGUGAUGAUGAAGGGGAGACAACGGCUGUUUCUGGCCGUGCCGAGGAGAAGGCGGCUUCGAGACCUACCCUACGUUUGUCCAACUUGCCACCAGGCAGAUCACCGGCAUUCAUCAAGUCUCUGAUACCGGCAAACUUGACUGUGGAGGAUGUCAAGAUCGUGCCACCAGCGGGACCGACCGGUGCUGACCGUGGCACGGAGAGAAAGUCGGUAUCAGCGAUAGUUACGCUGUCAAAGGAAACCCCUGCUGCUGAAAUUGAUGCCGCAGUCAGCGCGCUGCAGAAUCGCUAUCUAGGCUUCGGUUUUUUCCUUUCUUUGCACAGACAUCUCUCCUCGGCCGCCAUUGCGUCAGGGCUUACAGCUCUGCACCCUUCGACCUCAGUGGUAUCACACCCAUUUGGGGCGAAGAAGGUCGAGGAAAUUUCGAGGCCGCAUGGCUCACAUUCGGUGAGCUCCCACCGCGGCUAUGCGCCUCCUACCCACUAUGGCCCUCCCAUGGGUGGUUCCAUCAACCGAAGUGGUAUCCUCCACGUUCCUGUCAGCCCGCCACGGGAUAUCAAACAACUUCGCAUGAUACACAAAGUCAUCGAGUCGGUCCUGGAGCAUGGGCCACAGCUGGAGGCCCUCCUUAUGUCUCGCCCGGAUGUGCAACAAGAGGAAAAGUGGGCAUGGCUAUGGGAUGCGCGCAGUGAGGGUGGUAUCUGGUACCGCUGGAGGUUGUGGGAAAUCGUGACGGGUUUGCAGUCCACAGACAAGGUCAAGUAUUGGCCAUUGUUUGAAGGAAGCCAUGCCUGGAAAGCACCAGCACAACGGCUUGCCUACGAAUAUGUCACAGGUGUCGAUGAGUUUGUUUCAGAGCCCGAGUAUGAUUCUUCUGAAGAUGAGGAUUUCGAUGACGAGCAGGGUCGACAGGGCGAGCACAACGAGCAGGAGGAUACAUUCUUAAACCCCAUUGAAAAGUCAAAGCUGUCCCACUUGUUGUCUCGACUACCAACAACAACAACCAAGAUCAGGAAAGGAGACAUUGCGCGCAUAGCAACAUUUGCCAUCACGCACGCCAGCCGAGGAGCCGAUGAAGUUGUCGAAAUGAUUGUGUCCAACAUCGAGCAACCAUUCGCAUAUACCUCGGCCAAUCCAGACUACAAACGUGAUGGGAAAGAGAAGGACGAGGGCUCGCGCGAUGCCUCUCCUGCUCCAGACGACAAACUUGGAUCCGGUGGACUUGACACUAGCGCAGCGUCACUUCUCGGCCUUUAUGUGGUCAGUGACAUUUUGUCCUCUUCAUCUACCAGCGGCAUCCGCCAUGCAUGGCGGUAUCGUCAAUUAUUCGAGAACGCGCUUCGAGCCCACAAGACGUUUGAGAAGCUGGGAAUGGUGGUGGAUAAGCUAGGCUGGGGACGGAUCCGGGCCGACAGGUGGAAGCGCGCCGUAGAACUGGUGCUAAGCCUCUGGGAGAGUUGGUGCGUGUUCCCGGUUGAAACCCAUGAGUAUUUCGUCAACAGUUUCAACAACCCACCAGCUCUGAAGAAGCCGGUGGACGUUGGCGGAACAGAGCAAAAGGCGGGCAAAUGGAAGCCAGUGGAGACAGAAGCUGGCGCAAAAGAGAAGGACAAUGGCUUUUUGCCGAUCUCGACAAAGCUAUCGACUGACCAGGACGACGAAAAUGACCACUACUUGGAGGAUGUUUUGGAAUCUCGUGAUGGUGAUGUCGAGCUCCAGUCACCCUACAUGUACUACACCUCGGUGCUGGAUGAGUUCUCUGACCUGGACCUCGACGGUGUCCCAUAUGACGACGACGACGACGACGAGAAUGGGGUCAGCGGAGAUGUGAGCAUGCCGCAACCGACAACGACAGAGUCACCAGCAGAUAAGGUGGAAACCAAGAUCAUAGGAGGCUUUUCCAUGUCGGCGGCGAAGGCUGCGCCAGUGAAGAAGCGGAUGCGUGCAGUGGACAUGUUUGCGGGGUCUGACUCUGAUUAG